AUGUCUCCGCUCCACUCAUUUCUCAUACUCGCGGGCGUUUUAUUGCACACUUCAAACGGUUAUGUUGAUUUCGGAUCAUUGACCCUUCCCAUUGAACCCAUGUACCAACCAACCCCAAGACCCAACCAGCUGCCUGGUGGCAUUGAUCUCCGCUAUGAAAUUCUCCCAUCGAUGAUCACGGCUGUGGCACCUUCAGUCACGAUUGCAACCAAUGGAACCCACCAAACGAUGUACAGCCUUCAUUAUCAUCACUAUUUCAGCAAGACACGGCAGGGCAGAGGAGUCUUCGACAAGCGUGGAGUGUUUGCAAGCGACCCGCCCAUCGCAACCUGCACCCCAUGUGGCGGUGGCAGCGUUACCUCUACUCCCUCUGGCACAACUACGUCUACUGUGCCGUGCACGACCCUUACCUAUCAUGGCGUGUUCGACUUCCCCCCAACCACGACAACUGCGUCUUGCUACGACACGAAUUACAGUGGCGUUUUCCAAUCCAGUACUGCAUCGACCAGUGGCUUGCCCUGUUGUUUCACAAUCCCUGCGUCAUGCCGAAUGAAUAGCACAAUGAGUGCCACCACCAGUACAUCGUUCAUGGCUUCGACUGGAGUCUUUAGAUCGACGACCACGUCUACAACGACCACGAUCAGCUCCACGAUUCACCAGCGCAACUUCCUCUCAGUCUCAAGGCGCGAUACUCAACAGUGGAAGCUCAUCUACAUCCACAAGCACCAUAGUCACAAUUAUCAGUGGAACCACAGUGGUCAUCACCACGACGUCCACUUCGACUCCGGUGUUCACACCCACUACAACAAGCAUGGAAAGCUCUUCCAUCGUUUCCAGUCAGCCUUAUGCCUCGCCGUCACUGUCAACCUCCUCGAGCAGCGCCUCCAGCUUGUCCGUCAUUGUCAUUUCAAGCACGACAAUUACAAUCACAAACUCUGGGACUGCCAUUUCAACUGGGGGAAGCGGAACAUCAUCUUCCUUAUCUACGCUAACCAUAAUCACUGGCACUGCGUCGAGCGUCGCAUCCACUUCGACAUCAGCCUCGCUUAUCACAACAACAGUGCCAAAUACCAUUUUGGCACAGGCACGGUAUACCUGGGAGACACGCGGAUAGUUACAUCAGGAACUGCAAGCGGCUUCGCAAGCAAUGUCUAUGGCUGUGGCACGAUCAUUGCUACGUCUGGGACGUUCACGGGAUCCGCUGAAAUAACGGGCUGUGGUUCGGGGUCCGGCACUGGGACAUUGACUGGCACAGGAACCGUCUGGCCAGCAUAUGGAGGAGGACUGAUCUCGCUGGUCACCUCGGGCACAGUCAGCGGCAGCGGCAACUUCAGCGGUUGCGGGAUCUUGACCGGUUCCGGCACUUUCAUGGCUACCACGGGCUCACCCGUCGUGAUCUCGCCCUCGACGACUCCGACUCCGACUACGACUUCCAGACCGAUCAAGACAGUCAGCGUCUAUUUAUCCUACUGCCCGGACCCCAUGGGCGCCAACGACAUACUUCGGCUUGCCGGAGAUUCCAACAAGACGUCCUCCUCGAUGCCCAACGGCGCGGCCCAGAUAGCUUCGAAAACGAACUCGCUCUAUUCUUCCUCCUCCUCGAACUCGAACACGACCCUCCCCGCCAAUAACUCCACUGACACCAACCCGCUGUGCCAGACGUGCCCCAACUCGGUCGGGGUCUGCUGUCCGCCGACAGUGCGCUGCGCGGCGGACGACGGCAAAUGCCCGCUUUACGCUCUGGAGAACUCAGGCAACACCAUAAACGGCUAUCUGAUUGCGCAGGUGAUGAACAGCUCGGCGCCAGUGGCGGGGCGGAAGAAGGUCCGGGCGCUGGAGAAGAAGCAGCAGCAGCAGCAGCAUCACAAGAUCGGGUCUGCUGGGGAAGGUCAAGACGAUACGGCCACGGCCAAGGGAUUCGGAGGCAAGGAUCUGCUAGAUCUAGAGGCCGGGGUGGAGAGGCAAUUGCAGCGACACAAGGAAAAGAAGAGGGCGCAUAGGAAACAGUUUUAA